UCCCCAGUGUCACCCAGCCCCCCCCCCAAGCCAGUGGGCGUGUCCCAAAUUCAAGGGGGGGCGUGUCCCCGAUGCAAAGGGGGCGUGUCCCCAAUCCGAGAGGGCGUGUCCCCGAUCCAAAGGGGGCGUGUCCCCAAUCCGAGGCGGGUGCGCUCGUCCGCCAGGGGGCGCCACCCACGGCAGAGGGGGGCGGGGCGUGUCCUAACCCGGCCCCUCCCCCGGCCGUGACGUCAUCCGAGCGCGCCGCCGGCCCCAGGAUGGUGGCGGGCGCGUUCCCGCUGGCCAAGCUGCUGACGCUGGGCGCGCGCCAGCUCAGCCGCCCGCUGGCCGCGCGCAUCAAGGCGGGGGCGCGCGCCUCGCCCUUCUUCCGCACCUACAUCUGCCUGCCCCCCGCGCAGCUUUACCACUGGGUGGAGAUGCGGACCAAGAUGCGCCUCCUGGGCUUCCGGGGGGCGGCCGUGAAGCCCCUGAACGAGGAGGCGGCGGCCGAGCUGGGGGCGGAGCUGCUGGGCGAGGCGCUGGUCUUCGGCGUGGGCGGGCUCUGCCUCUACCUGGAGUACCUGCGGCAGGCGGGGCAGGGCCGGCGGCGCGAGGAGCACCUGGAGAGGAGCCUGGCCGAGCUCAGGGCGGGGCUGGAGGCGCUGCGGAGCGACCUGGAGGGGCUGCGGGGGCGGGGAGGGGCGGGGCUGCAGCAGGGACACGCCCUGGGUGGGGAGGGACACGCCCUGGGUGGGGAGGGACACGCCCUGGGUGGGGAGGGACACACCCUGGGUGGGGAUGGACACGCCCUGGGAACCUCAGGACACGCCCUGGGUGGGGUUGGACACGCCCUGGGUGGGGUUGGACACACCCUAGGUGCGGUUGGACACGCCCUGGGAACCUCAGGACACGCCCUGGGUGGGGAUGGACACACCCAGGGACACGCCCAGAGUGGACUCACCCAAGGAGGGGCGGGACAUAACCAGGGACACGCCCAGGGUAAGGAGGGGCAUGCCCAGGGAAGCUCAGGACACGCCCAGGGUGGGGUUGGACACACCCAGGGAGCAUCAGGCCACGCCCAUGGAAGCUCAGGCCACGCCCCCACCAAAACUGUGAAUGGCGCUGCCGGAUCUGGACACGCCCCUACUGUGACAGGCCACGCCCCCCCCGCAUUAAAGCCGUUCUGUGUUGUGCCUUUAAGGGGCGGGGCUAACAUGGAGUGUGGGCGUGGCCAGUUGGGGUGUGGUUUCAGGUGUGGCACUGUGCGGGCGUGGCCAAUGCGACGGGGCGGGGCCGAACGAACGGGAGAGCUGUGAUUGGUGGGCGCGGCGCUGAGUGUUCUGUGGAGUGGGUGUGGUUUCCUCCGAGGGGCGUGGUCCUUCAAGCUCCGCCCCCCAAACCCGCCACCAAAAAUUUAAAUUUUUUUUAAAUUUUCCCGUAAAAAAACCGUUUAUUGGUGCAAAGAGCCGAAAAUAAAGUGAAAAACCCAAAAGUGACUUAAAAAA